AUGGUACCUGACGGCAGGACCAGCAGGAACGUCAGGGACUGUGCUGAGCAGCUCAGUGAGGUUCUAAUCCACCUGUUCCAGUCUUUGCUGGAGCCUGGUCUGGGUCUGACCAUGUCCCAGCCCUCCUCUAACACCUCUCAGGGUCUGACCAUGUCCCAGCCCUCCUCUGACACCUCUCAGGGUCUGACCAUGUCCCAGCCCUCCUCUGACACCUCUCAGGGUCUGACCAUGUCCCAGCCCUCCUCUAACACCUCUCAGGGUCUGACCAUGUCCCAGCCCUCCUCUGACACCUCUCAGGGUCUGACCAUGUCCCAGCCCUCCUCUGACACCUCUCAGGGUCUGACCAUGUCCCAGCCCUCCUCUGACACCUCUCAGGGUCUGACCAUGUCCCAGCCCUCCUCUAACACCUCUCAGGGUCUGACCAUGUCCCAGCCCUCCUCUAACACCUCUCAGGGUCUGACCAUGUCCCAGCCCUCCUCUGACACCUCUCAGGGUCUGACCAUGUCCCAGCCCUCCUCUGACACCUCUCAGGGUCUGACCAUGUCCCAGCCCUCCUCUACCACCUCUCAGGGUCUGACCAUGUCCCAGGCCUCCUCUGACACCUCUCAGGGUCUGACCAUGUCCCAGCCCUCCUCUGACUCCUCUCAGGGUCUGACCAUGUCCCAGCCCUCCUCUGACACCUCUCAGGGUCUGACCAUGUCCCAGCCCUCCUCUGACACCUCUCAGGGUCUGACCAUGUCCCAGCCCUCCUCUGCCACCUCUCAGGGUCUGAGUAGGUCCAUGUCCCAGCCCUCCUCUAACACCUCUCAGGGUCUGACCAUGUCCCAGCCCUCCUCUAACACCUCUCAGGGUCUGACCAUGUCCCAGCCCUCCUCUAACACCUCUCAGGGUCUGACCAUGUCCCAGCCCUCCUCUAACACCUCUCAGGGUCUGACCAUGUCCCAGCCCUCCUCUAACACCUCUCAGGGUCUGACCAUGUCCCAGCCCUCCUCUGACACCUCUCAGGGUCUGACCAUGUCCCAGCCCUCCUCUGACACCUCUCAGGGUCUGACCAUGUCCCAGCCCUCCUCUGACACCUCUCAGGGUCUGACCAUGUCCCAGCCCUCCUCUGACACCUCUCAGGGUCUGACCAUGUCCCAGCCCUCUGACACCUCUCAGGGUCUGACCAUGUCCCAGCCCUCCUCUAGCACCUCUCAGGGUCUGACCAUGUCCCAGCCCUCUGACACCUCUCAGGGUCUGACCAUGUCCCAGCCCUCUGACACCUCUCAGGGUCUGAGUAGGUCCAUGUCCCAGCCCUCUGACACCUCUCAGGGUCUGACCAUGUCCCAGCCCUCCUCUGACACCUCUCAGGGUCUGUCCAUGUCCCAGCCCUCCUCUAACACCUCUCAGGGUCUGACCAUGUCCCAGCCCUCCUCUAACACCUCUCAGGGUCUGACCAUGUCCCAGCCCUCCUCUAACACCUCUCAGGGUCUGACCAUGUCCCAGCCCUCCUCUGACACCUCUCAGGGUCUGACCAUGUCCCAGCCCUCCUCUGACACCUCUCAGGGUCUGACCAUGUCCCAGCCCUCUGACACCUCUCAGGGUCUGACCAUGUCCCAGCCCUCCUCUAGCACCUCUCAGGGUCUGACCAUGUCCCAGCCCUCUGACACCUCUCAGGGUCUGACCAUGUCCCAGCCCUCCUCUCACACCUCUCAGGGUCUGAGUAGGUCCAUGUCUCAGCCCUCCAGGACUUCAUUGACUGGUGUGACA